UGAUAAAUAAAGCCUCUCCAAACUCGCCCCAUGAAUCACACACUUUCAGCACCCUCAAGAGACCCUUUCAAAGUUAACAACUUGAAGGUGUGCAAAGAGUACUAACAAUCAAUUUCACAAUGGCCAUCAAAAAAUCCAAUAAGCUACCCCAAGCAGAUGUGAUAAAGCAAAUUGUGAGAAGGUGUUCAAGCUUUGGGAAGAAGCAGCAACAGGGCUACAAUGAAGAGGGUGGUCUUCCAGAAGAUGUGCCAAAAGGGCACUUUGCAGUGUAUGUUGGUGAAAACAGGACAAGAUACAUUGUCCCAAUUUCAUGGUUGGCUCAUCCACAAUUUCAAAGCUUGCUCCAAAGAGCUGAGGAGGAGUUUGGCUUCAAUCAUGACAUGGGCCUUACAAUCCCAUGUGAUGAAGUUGUUUUUGAGUUUCUUACCUCAAUGAUUAGAUGAGAAUUAAGGGAAAGUUGAAAGAAGUACACUUAUUGGCAUUUUGAUCACUCAUAUGAGGCUUAUCAUCAACAACUAAAAGCUAGCUAGCCCCUUUUCAAGUGCAAAAUUCUAAGGGACUAAUACUGUUUUUUUUUUUUUUUUUUUUACUUUUUGGUAUUGUAAUUGUAUAUAUACCUUGAUGCCAAAGAAAUUUUUCUUGGCCCAUGCCAUUUGUUUUCUUGAUUAACAAGUGGAGAUUUCAAUGAACCAAUGGUAUUCUUCGGGGUAUUACCCCGUUCAAAUUUUACAA